AUGGAUUCGCCCUCAGACCCUCACCGACAGCCGUCGUCGCCCCCCUCUCCCCGUUUAUCCGAGGGGCGGCAUGCACCACGGUCACGUAGUGGAUGCUGGACCUGCCGGACCAAAAAGGUCAAAUGCGACGAGGGAAGGCCACGGUGCCGGCGAUGUCUCCGGCUGAAGCUUCUCUGCGAUUAUACGCCACGGCGGAAGGCAUUUAAGAUCGGACGGCAGAUCGUCCAGUCACAGCGCCGGCGCCCUGCUGCAGGCACCGCCGGUCCCGACACCGCGCCCCAAACAUCGCCCACAAGUGAUUGGUUUCAGUCAUUGUUGCGGCAAGACGCAGCAAGAUCCAUCUCGACCUUUUGCAUGCCGGUGCCCGCGAUGAGCACUUCCUCGGUGGCACUCACCGCCAGCGACCAUGAGGCCAUCCGCUAUUUCCGGACGACUUUUGCCAAGCUCCACCACACCAAGAAUCCGGACUAUUCCCUUUAUUCCCUCAUGUUCAGAGUCGCCGAGAUAAAUCCGGUCGUGAUGCACAUGGUGCUGGCGGUGGGAGGGCGAGAGAUGGAGUUUCAGAGGAAUCUACAGAGCGGGCAUGAACUCGGGCUCGGCGCCGGUUCUCCUCUCUGGCAUUACGCCCACGCCCUUAAGCUGAUGGCCGACGUCAUCGGGAAUGACAGUUCUCACCAGUUCAAUUUCGACUCGACCUACACCGCAUUGUACCUCAUGCUGUUCUACGAGCAAAAGUACGGCGACGACAAGUGCGCUGGACUGGUGCACCACCUCAACGGCGCCGCGCAGAUCCUCCGGCUACAAUACAGCGACAAGAUCAGACGUUUCCCCCCCGUUGCUCGAGCACAUCAACCAUGGACUCUCCCCUCCCGUGCCCAUGGACUGGCACCACACGAUCACCUGUCACUUUAUGCUGCCCGACUCUUAAUGUGGAUGGUUAACUUUGACACGUCGGCGGCCGGCUCUGGAUUGGAUAGUCAACUACAUGCCACCCUAUACGAGCUCAUGAGCACAACCGCCGUGGACGGCCAGGCUGGUCACUACAGUCAGGCUUUGGAGACAUUCGAGCAGUUGCACCAUUACUCCAGCCCACUCUACCGGAUCGUAUGGGGCGAUGAGUACCCCCAAACCGAAUUACUGGAUGAUGUUGAAAAUCGAAACGUGUUCUUCUUAGAGGGUGCCUGUGUACAACUGCGAUUGAUGGUAGCCCAGCUGGCGAGACUCGAGGACGGAAAGACCGAGGCGGCGACCCGGUGGGCCUCCGACGUUGAACGUUCGAUCGAGAGCACUCGCAAUAAAUUUUGCGAUGUGAUUGACGUGGCGGCGGGGCUUUCUGUGGCCACAGACAACUCGCAUCGGCUCGUUGCCAAUCUCCGCCGGGUUGUGCCACUGUUUUACGCCGUGGUUCUCUAUUUCCUCCGCGUCCGCUCGGGUCUCACCCACUCUCUGACCUCGCAACCGGUCGACUCGUUACGCCAUAUCAUGAAUCUGGCAUUCCAGGCACACAAAUACGACGGCGAGAAGGCCAUGGUGCGCAUUGCGUGGCCAUUGUUCAUAGUGGCAUUGGAGACGAAUGACCACCUCCACCGGGAGUGGGUCCUCAGCCGAUUCCAUGCCCUCCGUCCCUUUGGCCUCAAUUUCCAACGAGCGUAUCAGUUCUUGGUUCAUCUGGUUGAUCUGCAAAGCACGUCGGGGGAACGUGUGGAUGUGCGGGGUAUCUUCGCGUCUCGUGAUUUUGGCUUGUUUGUUCUCUAG